CAGGCGGAGGCUGGGCAGACGCGGCUCAGACUAUCCAACAUGGCGCAAGUAGGCGGCGGAGGGUCUGCAGGCCGGGGAUUCGGGGGCUCCCGCUGGGGUCGUUCGGGCUCCGGAGGCCACGAAAAGUUGCCGGUGCACGUGGAGGACGCUCUGACAUACCUCGACCAGGUGAAGAUACGCUUUGGCAGCGACCCUGCCACCUACAAUGGCUUCCUGGAGAUCAUGAAGGAGUUCAAAAGCCAGAGCAUCGACACCCCUGGCGUGAUCAGACGUGUAUCUCAGCUUUUUCAUGAGCACCCUGACCUCAUUGUGGGGUUUAAUGCGUUCCUCCCACUUGGAUACCGCAUAGACAUUCCCAAGAGCGGCAAGUUGAACAUGCAGUCGCCUCUGAGCAGCCAGGAGAACUCUCACAGCCAUGGUGACUGUGGUGAAGACUUGAAGCAGAUGUCCUACAAGGAGGACAGAGGCCGAGUGCCCAUGGAGUCGGACUCUGUGGAGUUCAACAAUGCUAUCAGCUAUGUGAACAAGAUCAAGACCCGCUUUCUGGACCACCCUGAGAUCUACAGGUCCUUCCUAGAGAUCCUACACACCUACCAGAAGGAACAACUGCACACUAAAGGUCGCCCGUUCCGUGGCAUGUCUGAGGAGGAGGUCUUCACAGAGGUGGCCAAUCUCUUCCGUGGUCAAGAGGACCUGCUAUCAGAGUUUGGACAGUUUCUUCCUGAAGCAAAGAGGUCUCUGUUCACAGGCAAUGGGCCGUGUGAGAUGAACAGUGUGCAGAAGAGUGAGGAGAAGAGUCUGGAACACAGCAAGAAGCGCUCUCGGCCCUCACUCUUGCGCCCUGUGUCUGCACCAGCCAAGAAGAAGAUGAAGCUCCGAGGCACCAAAGACCUGUCCAUCGCUGCUGUGGGGAAGUACGGAACGCUGCAGGAGUUCUCCUUCUUUGACAAGGUCCGCAGGGUGCUGAAGAGCCAGGAGGUGUACGAGAACUUCCUGCGCUGCAUCGCACUCUUCAAUCAGGAGCUGGUGUCUGGCUCUGAGCUGCUGCAGCUCGUCAGUCCUUUCUUAGGGAAAUUUCCAGAACUCUUUGCACAGUUCAAGUCCUUCCUGGGAGUGAAAGAGCUCUCCUUCGCUCCACCUUUGAGUGACCGCUCUGGAGAUGGCAUAAGCAGAGAAAUUGACUAUGCGUCUUGUAAGCGAAUUGGAUCCAGCUAUCGGGCACUUCCCAAGACCUACCAGCAGCCCAAGUGCAGUGGAAGGACUGCCAUCUGCAAAGAGGUACUGAAUGACACGUGGGUCUCCUUCCCAUCCUGGUCUGAAGACUCUACCUUUGUCAGCUCCAAGAAGACGCCUUAUGAGGAACAGCUGCAUCGCUGUGAGGACGAGAGAUUUGAGUUGGAUGUUGUCCUGGAGACCAACCUGGCCACUAUCCGAGUGCUGGAGAGUGUGCAGAAGAAGUUGUCAAGGAUGGCACCCGAGGACCAGGAGAAGCUCCGUUUGGAUGACUGCCUGGGUGGCACAUCAGAGGUGAUCCAGCGCCGUGCCAUCCACCGUAUCUACGGCGACAAGGCCCCAGAGGUCAUCGAGAGCCUCAAGAGGAACCCCGUCACUGCUGUGCCUGUCGUUCUGAAAAGGCUGAAGGCCAAGGAAGAGGAGUGGCGGGAGGCCCAGCAGGGCUUCAACAAGAUCUGGCGCGAGCAGUAUGAGAAAGCAUACCUCAAGUCUCUGGACCACCAGGCCGUGAACUUCAAGCAGAAUGACACCAAGGCACUGCGCUCCAAGAGCCUGCUCAAUGAGAUCGAAAGUGUCUAUGAUGAGCACCAGGAGCAGCACUCUGAGGGCCGAAGUGCACCAUCCAGUGAGCCGCACCUCAUCUUCGUGUACGAGGACCGGCAGAUCCUGGAGGAUGCGGCAGCACUCAUCAGCUACUAUGUGAAGCGGCAGCCCGCCAUCCAGAAGGAGGACCAGGGCACUAUCCGCCAGCUGCUGCACCGCUUUUUGCCCAGCCUGUUCUUCUCACAGCAGCGCCCUGGCGCUUCUGACGACUCCUCAGACGAGCGUGAUCGCGACAAUGUGGAGCCAGAGCGCCGGCAGCCGGCUGAUGAAAAGCCCCACUCGGAUGCUCCACCUGAGCCACCCAAAGCCCUUGAUGAUGUCUAUAGCUUGUUCUUCGCCAACAACAAUUGGUACUUCUUCCUGCGCCUGCACCAGACACUGUGUGCGCGCCUGCUCAAGAUCUAUCGGCAGGCACAGAAGCAGCUCCUGGAACAUCGGCGUGAGCAGGAACGGGAGCAGCUGUUGUGUGAGGGCCGCCGUGAGAAGGCCUCAGACCCAGCCAUGGAGCUGCGCCUCAAGCAGCCCAGUGAGGUGGAGCUGGAAGAGUACUACCCGGCCUUCUUGGACAUGGUGCGGAGCCUGCUGGAAGGAAGCAUCGACCCCACACAAUACGAAGACACUCUCCGAGAGAUGUUUACCAUCCAUGCCUACAUUGGCUUCACCAUGGACAAGCUGGUGCAGAACAUUGCUCGCCAGCUGCACCAUCUGGUGAGCGAUGAUGUGUGCCUGAAGGUGGUAGAGCUGUACUUGAAUGAGCAGCAGCGAGGAGCAGCCGGUGGGAACCUGUCCUCCCGCUGUGUCCGAGCUGCUCGGGAGACCAGCUACCAGUGGAAGGCAGAGCGCUGCAUGGCUGACGAGAACUGCUUCAAGGUUAUGUUCCUGCAGCGCAGAGGACAGGUGAUCAUGACCAUAGAGCUCCUGGACACGGAGGAGGCACAGGCUGAGGACCCUGUGGAGGUGCAGCACCUGGCUCGAUACGUGGAGCAGUACGUGGGGACGGAGGGUGCGUCCAGCUCGCCCACGGAAGGCUUCCUGCUGAAGCCCGUGUUCCUGCAGAGGAACCUGAAGAAGUUCCGGCGCUGGCAGUGCGAGCAGGUGCGUGCCAUGCGUGGUGAGGCCAAGAGUUCGUGGAAGCGGCUCAUGGGUGUGGAGAGUGCGUGUGAUGUAGACUGCCGCUUCCGCCUGGGCACGCACAAGAUGGUGUUCAUCGUCAACUCCGAGGACUACAUGUACCGCCGUGGGACACUCUGCCGUGCCAAGCAGGUGCAGCCCCUGGUGCUGCUGCGCCACCACCGGCACUUUGAGGAGUGGCAUGGCCGCUGGCUGGAGGACAAUGUGACCGUGGCAGCUGCGGGGCUGGUACAGGACUGGCUGAUGGGGGAGGAGGAGGAGGACAUGGUACCCUGCAAGACGCUCUGUGAAACUGCACAUGUGCACGGGCUGCCGGUGACGCGCUACCGUGUGCAGUACAGCCGCCGCCCUGCCUCGCCCUGAGCAUCUGGAGACCCCAGCACGUGAACCCCCACACACCACACAUCCUGCCCCCAAGAGGGUUUGUGUCACUCUGAGCCAGGGGUCUCACCUUGACCUCAAGCAGGAGCUGUAGCUCUUGGCAGUGCAGACCAGACCCCAGGUGACAGCAGGGACUGUCCCUUCAAGGGGGUCCCCUCUUCCCGCAGAGCUCAAGUUCGAGAUGCGUCUGCACACAUAUUUAUUCCUUCCUGCUCUCUGUAGUAGUCGUGACUUUCACAGCUGCAGCUCCCUUAGCUUCCCAUGGGCAAAACAUCCCCGUGGGCCUGUGAACCACCCACCAUCCCCACAGCAAUCCUCUGUAGGUCUAUGUCACCGUGCCAAACCCAAGGUUCUAGAGAGAGCACCUGUUCUCAGUUUCUUGAGCCUGCCCAGCUGCAUGCUUCUCUAGGGCACCUUGGUCACAUCCUAGUUUCCUGAGAAGGCCGUUGCAUAUGGGGACUUGAAGCUGCCCAGGACCCUCUGGACCUCCCUUCCCCAGCGGGGAGCCCAGGCACCCUCGCAUGCGUUUGGGGAGCCGCUCCUUAACAUUUUUGAGGAAUUUCUGUUCCAGCUUUGACCUCCCUUCGCAGCUGUUUUGAAUGUAGUUUUCUUUUUCUAUUUAUUUGCACAUUAAAGUUAAAUAUUGGCGCCAA